AUUAUUUCGUGAAUGAAAUAGCACAUUUUUCCGUAAUUUUUCCAUUUUUGAUCCCUCGACUUACAUUUCGAACGCGGUUGUGCCUUUAAAUUCGCAGAAAUCAGUGAAAAACGAGACACUUUCGAACCAUAACAAAUUCGCAGAAGCAAGAAAAACAACGAAAAUGGCAUUUAUUGAAUUUUUGAAGCAAAACAAGGACAAAGACAUCGAAAAUCCAGCAGAAAUCGUCCUCCCGUUUCACGCGAAUCGCAAUGUCGCCAAAUUAUUCGAGCAGAAAAUUCGUCGAGACUCCGAACCGAGCGAAUCCAUGAGCACCGCGAAGAGUCAAACGAAGCGAAAUUCAAAAAGUGAGGAAAAUAUCUUCGAGAAAAUCGAGGCUUCGAGCACCGCGAAUGCAGAACGCAACAAAAAAGGCUACGGAACGCUGCCAAAAAACAAAAUAGUGAGCGAUGAGGACAAGGACGAGAAAAAGACAACAGAGACUGAGAAACAUCUAGCAGACUUCUUUCAUAAUCGAUUGAAGUUGAGGAAGAAUUCAGUUGAAUUUGAUCCAUCGACAAAACGCAGUAAUAAUUCAUUGGACCACCAAUCGUCGUCGACGAGCAGUUCUACCGAAUAUUUAGACCAAAGUGAUCGGAACAAGAUGAUGUCCUCACCGCAACCGCCACACGUAAUUACCGAUGCUCAAGGACUUAUCGUGCCAAAGAAGCUCGUGAAUCCGUGCUUGGAGUCUACGGAUCGCCAAAGUUUGCAUCGCGAACUCAUGUUUAACCAAAAAGUUGGCAAAAACGUCUUGAACCAAAAAAGUGAGUUGCAACGUGCGCUCGAGAAGCAAAAGGAACGCCAAUUUGCGGCGCAGCAACAGAAGAAAAUGGAAGACCACAACCCGAAAACCAUCGAAAAUGAACUAACAAAGGUGAUAAUGCAACGAGCUCAACGAUUGGAAAAUUCGCAGAAGGAAAACAAGAAUGAGCUGGACGACCAUUUCAUUAGUCCCGAAUAUUUGAAUGCACGUGCAAAGCUAAAACACACCAUCGAUACGAAAUAAGUCGAUUUUCGGUUUUUUUGUUUUUUAAAUUUUAAGACGCCACACGCGUUGCUGUGCAGUUUUUAAUCCUGUUUGAACGCAAAACAAAAAAAUUAUUAAAAAAAAUGCUUUAAAUAUCCCACAAAUUUCUUCCGGCUUCAUUUCUCCACUUUCAGAAAGGGUAGAAUUUAAGUUUUAAUUUUAAUGUAAUUUUUAAUAAUUUUUUGUGAUGUCAGCUUUCGUUUUUUUUUUGUUUUUUAAGUUUCUGAUUCCAAAUGUAAAUUUAGUUAAUUAAAAAAAAAUAAUAAAUUUAAUGAUAGGAAGAUUCCAAGCAAGCAGUGUCAUGUUGGAAAUAAGUAUUUUAUUAGAAUAAUUUUGUUAAUUAAUAUCAGAUCAGAAUUUUUCAAAUACAAAAAAAAAAAUAUAUUUAAGUGGAAAUUAUACAAUAAACACGCGAUUUGUCGCCAAAAAAGAUUCUCAAUUUAAAUAUCAUAGCAUUUUAGAGACUUUCGAUUAUCUUUGCUCGUUCUAAAAAAAAAUUAAAAUUAAAAGACUCAAAAAAAAAACGUCAAUAAAAAUUUUAGGGACGCAUUUAUGAUUGAGAUGACCUUAAAAAAACAAAAGAAAUGAUUACACGAGUAAGCAAAUAAAAAAUAGUUCGUAGGAAAACAAAGAGAGAAACCAAUAUUUUUAUACCCAAAGCAGUUUUUUCUGUGUCGUAAUGUCUUUAAACAUUUAAAAAAAAUACCAUUAAAAAAUGUGUGUGUCUGUUCUAAUUUUUUUUUUUCAAAUACAAACCUUAUUGAGAAUCUUACUUAGGAGUUUAAAAAUGCAAAAAAAAAAAAUAAAAUUCUCGAUUAUUAAUAAUAAAUUGUAUUAAAAAUGAAUAUUUAGGAUGGUUAAAAAAAAUUACAAAAAAAUAUUCAAGUAUUCAAUAAGUUUAGGAUGAU